AUGACGAGGACCUCGUUCUUUGUGGUGGAUGAUCUGUGGAGUGCAAAGGCUUGGGACGACAUAAGGAAGGCAUUUGGCGACCCAAACAAGCGUGACGGGAGUCGGAUUAUCAUAACCACAAGGAUUGAGGAAGUGGUUAAUUCUACCCACCAUCUCCGUGCCAUAUAUUCUUACACUCUGCCUCUCUUGGAUGAUCAUCAAAGUUGGUGUCUGCUGAAGCAAAAGGUGUUUGGUAGCAAAGAAUGUCCAUCUGAGUUGGAGAAGAUCGGAAAGGAUAUUGCAAAAGCUUGUAAGGGGCUUCCCCUUGCAAUCGUGGUAGCUGCUCGUAUAUUGUCUCAAACAAAUCAGACUCAGUCCUCAUGGGAGGAACUUGCUCAAAAAAUACGUUCAUUUAUCUUGGAAGACGCGGAGUUUCAGAAGAGAAUGUUAUUGAGCUAUACUCACUUGCCUCGUCAUUUGAGGCCUUGUUUCUUAUACAUGUGUGGCUUCCCUGAAGAUUAUGAAAUUCGGGUCUCCAUGCUUAUCAAGUUAUUGGUGGCUGAAGGAUUUGUGAAAAAUGAAAUGGAGGCUGAACAAUAUUUGAUUGAUCUCGAGAGGCAGAGCCUGAUUUUAGUGAAGGCCAGAAAGUCCAAUGGCAAAAUCAAAAGUUACACUGUCCAUGGUUUGCUACGUGACUUGUGCAAUAUUAAGGCCAUAGAUGAGAAUUAUGAGCGACGGCUCAGUAAUUCUCAUCUUGAUCUGAGGGAGGUUGCAAGAGCGUAUGCCUCAACGCUGCGUUCUGUUAUAAGCUUCCAACCUAAUCAAAGCUCAUUACGCGGUCUGCGCAAGUUCAAAUUGCUGAGGGUGUUGGAUGUGGUCGAUACUGAUGCCUACCCACUCCCUGCUUCAGUGUUUGACCUCUUUCACUUGAGGUACCUCGCUUUCGGAUGUCCAAUGCAGGUUCCAUCAGCCAUAUAA